AUGCACUGGCGCGAAUACGAAAAGAUCGAUUGGGACAACGUGCACCGCUCGACCUCUGUGUUCUCCUCGGCCUACUGCAUCCGCAAAGGCUUAAUUCGUAAGGCUCAGAUGGCGUUCAAUAUCAAACUGUACACGGCCAAGCACCCGGAUUCGAUUCUUCUGCGGGGCGUCCCCGAGACCUGGAUCUUUGAGCUCGAUGAUAUCGACUAUCUGGACGAGGCGCUGAUGGAGUGCUUCGAGGUUGAAGACGGAAUGCGCGCGAACGAGGGCGUCGAGGAGCCCAGAGACCGCCAGCAGUUUAUCCUAAAGCCCUCGUUGACGGGCCGUGGUGCAGGAAUCUACGUGUUUGAUACGAGAGAGAGGCUCGAGGAGCUGCUGGAGCGCGAGUUUGAGAGCGACGAUGAAGAUGAGGAGGAAGAGGAGGAGCUCGAGGGCCAGAUGAUAUCGCAGAUCCGCGAGUGGGUCAUCCAGCGGUACAUCAACAAGCCCCUGCUUUUGCCCACGCACGGGUCGCGCAAGUUCCACAUCCGCGUCUACGUUCUUGCUGUCGGUUCUCUGCAGGUGUUUGUUUACAAGCAGAUGCUCGCUCUCUUUGCACCGCAUUCCUACAAGGAGUCUGCGGGGGAUCUCGAUGACCAGCGCGCGCAUCUCACAAACACCUGCCUUCAGGCGAAGGCGCCUGGAUUCGAUGAGUCGAGUGCAGUUGAGCUGUUCUGGAAGUUGGAUCUGGACAGGGAGAAGCUGGGCAAGGUGUUUGACCAGAUCUGCGAGAUCCUGCACGACACAUUUGCGGCUGUGGCAAGUGAGCCGACGUCGUUCCAGGCGUGGCCAAACUGUAUCGAGCAGUUUGGAUUCGAUUUCUUGGUCGACGAGGACUGCAAUGCGCUGAUGCUGGAGGCGAAUGCGUACCCAGAUUUCAAGCAGACUGGCGAGGGGCUGAAGUCGGUUGUUGAGGGGUUCAUGGCUGCAUCGGUAGCUACUGCGGUUGACAAGUUCCUGGUCGACGAGAAGGAUGUCACCAAGGACAUGCGGGACAUGAUGGACGCGGACCGCGACGGUCUGGUUGAGGUGUUUUCGCGGAGCAACGACAGACAUCGGUAG